AUGGCAUGCUUGAUUAGGGAAGGUAGUUCACAAGGAAUGAAAUUCCGUUCUCCGCUUUUCAGCAAGCCACCUUCAAAGAUGCUCAUUAUCCCUGCCGACGAACUUGUGCAAGUUAUAGCCAAGGACCUUCCUGUAUACAACAAUAACGUCUCGAAUUCUGUUCAGUCCGAGAAACCGUUAGAGCUGUUGACAGACUCUUCUAUAUCACAGUCUUAUCAUGUUGAUUUGGAAAGAGAGCUGAAACCUUGGGUUCCUGAUGAUGAUCUUCCAGACUGUUCAGAUCUUGAAAAUGUGUUUGAUGACCCUUGGAAGAGGGGCUGGAAUCAGUUUGAGGUCAAUAAGACAUUGUUUGGAGUAACGAGCACCUUUGAUGAGGAACUGUAUACCACAAAACUCGAGAGAGGUCCUCGAACGAGGGAGCUAGAAGAGCAUGCCUUGAGGAUUGCAAGAGAGAUUGAGGGUGAGAAUACCCGAGAUCUUCAUGUAGCAGAGUGGUUCAUGCAUGCAAUCUUCUUACACAGGAAAGAGGCCUUCAGCUUAGUGGGAAGUUUGAUAUUGACGAGGAAACCAAAUACUCAUCGGUCUGUCCGCUGCAACAAUUUGACAUUUGGUAAUUCAUCUGCUUCUGAUGGCAUGAAUUCUGCUUCAACUGGCAAGUUCUAUGAAGAAUCUAAUGUAUUAACGCAGCGAUCUGAGGAAUCAGCAUCUGGUCUUGAAGAUAUCCACGAAGAUGCUGCAACCUCUAAACUGAGAGCUUGUGAGAGGAAAAGUUCCACUGAUGGAAAACUAGUCGGUCCAUUUUCUGAAAGAGCGAAAUCUGAGAGCUCUUACGCGUGGCCUGGAAGCUCCAUUUCUAGAAAUUCAGAAAGCUCUGCAGCUUCCCCAGCAUCAAACCGUCCGAUACUAUCACCAAGCUCUUCAAUUGGUUCUUUAUCUUCAGAAAAGUCUACACUCAAUCCAAAUGCUAAGGAAUUUAAACUGAACCCCAACGCAAAGAGUUUCAAACCAUCUCCUACAGCUACACAGCCUCAAUCUCCAGUCGCAGACGGAUCUUUCUAUUACCCGCCUGCUCAACAUUUUCCCGCAAUACAUGUUGGAUACGGGAUGGGAGCAACAUUCUCUGGACAACAACAACAACCAAUGAUGUAUAAUAAUACAACACAGCUUGGUCCAAAUCAAACAUAUUAUUCUCCAAAUGGUCCACAGUACCCACAACAGAUGAUGCCGAGGCCGGUUUUGUUCAUGCCGCCUUCACCGUAUCAACCGGAGAUGCCAUAUAAAGGAAGAGACUCUUAUUAA